AAGCGCUUCCAGGCCUCCCCUCCCAUGGCUGGCGGCGGCGCGCCGCCGCGCUCUCUUCCACUUCCGCGGUUCUGCCUCCAUCCUCCCCGCCCCUCGCCUCUUCCGCAGCUCCAAACCCACCUCCGACCGAUCCGACCUCGUCCCAUCCUCAACCCGUCUCCUCCUCUCGCUCCUGCGCCGCCGCCGCCGCCUGCACCACCACCGUCCCCUCGGCCAACAAGGCGGGUUCAUACGAAUCGAGUAAUACAUGCAGCAUCAGCGCAUUGGGGUGCGCGAAUAGCCCUUGCGGCGCCCUCGAGUCACCGCUUCGCAGGCUCUCCGACGAACAGAUGACGGCGAACACGGCGGACUUCGACCGAGGCGGGGAACACCGAACACGUCCUGGCGACCUGGCCAGUAUGGCUGCUGCUAUGCUACUGCUUUUUGCUGAACAUUUUUUUAAGAAAUGAAAUUUGCUGAAGUUUUUCAGCAUGCUGAUUGAGGCGUUUUGACAUAAUGUGGAUGCAGCGAGAAAGAUGCUGGGUUGGGCAUGUACCAUUUCAGUGUUCAGAGUAACAAACCAUGCAGCAAUCGAGGACUCCCAGCUGGUGCCAGGCUGGUGCUCACCCCAUUGCUGUAUGACUUUCAGCUCUGACUUUCCUCACUUAUUUAAAUGCCAAUGAUUUAAGCCUUGGGAAUAAGAUGCUGCAGAUGAUGACCCUUGUACCAAGAUUUUUCUUUGCCUCCUUCCAUCCACGAAACUGCAGGUUAGUUUGGAAGCAGAGAUUGUCAAAAAAUUAUUAUUCCUCCCUUAUUGAUUGGUAGAGUAGGAUUGAUAUUGUUGCAGUUAAUUAUCAUUGGAGGUUGUAUAGCCUACAACACUUGUUUAAAUACCAAAUUCAUGGGACUCCAUCUCUGCCACUUGCAGAUUUAAACACUGCAAAACAGUAAGGUCAGACAUGACAUAAUUUAUUCUUGCCGAAUGAUGGCAACUGUCUUAACCUUUUUAAUUGAUGCGUUCAACCUGGAUUGCUAAUCAUGACUUUUGACCUUUUCUCUCCAUCUCCUACCUUCUUCGAAGAAGCGGUGGUCGCUGGUUAAUCAUCCUCUGGAGCUGCAGCAUUGCUGCUCUGGAUGCACCUUCUUUACUCAUAUAUUCACCUCAACAAGGCCUGAUCUCCAACGUGUGCUUAUGUUCUUCUACUAUUCUGCCAUGCACAUUCUCUUGUAGCUCUGAGCUCGAUCAAUAGCACAUAAAACAACCAUGGCAGAGGCUAUUGUGCGGGUAGUUAUUGGCAAGCUUGGCAUGGCCUUGGUGAAAGAGGCAGCAAUCUAUGGUGCAUCCUUGCUUGGCAAGGAAGCUUCCACCCUCAUGGGUCUCUUUGGUGAGAUCCGCAAAGCUGAGGAGGAGCUAAAUAGCAUGAAGGCUUACUUGCGUGAAUCAGAGAAGUUUAAGGAUACUGACGAGACCACUGGCAUCUUUGUCAAGAAUAUCCGAGAAUUAUCUUUUCGGAUCGAGGAUGUUGUCGAUGAGUUCAUGUAUAGACUUGAGGACAACAAGCAUGGAGGUUUUGUAGCCAAGACGAAGAAAAGAGUUAAGCUUGUCAAAAUCCGGCACUGUUUAGCUCUCGAGCUUUGUAGUAUCAAUGCUGAACUUAAAGAGGCUGCAACAAGGAGAGACCGUUACACCAUACCAGGAAACAAGAGAUAUGGUGGAGGCAGUGUCCAUCAUGACAUAUCUACCAAUCAAAUUUCGUGUUUACCAAAGGAAGAAGAUAUAGUUGGAAUCGAGGACAAUGUGGAUAAGCUGACACAGUAUCUAGGCAGUGAUUUGGAGGAAAAGAAGUGCAAAAUCGCCACAGUUUGGGGGAUGGGUGGAGUAGGUAAAACUACUUUAGUUGAUCAUGUCUAUAAGAUUGUGAAAGUGAAUUUUGAUACUGCUGCAUGGGUAACUGUGGCAAAGAGUUACCAAGUAGAGGACUUGUUGAAGAAGAUUGUGAGAGAGUUGGGCAUCUCAGUUGACACAAGUAACAUGGAUAUGAGAGCUGUAGUAGGCGUCAUCCAUAACCAUCUUCAAGGUAAAACAUUUAUCUUGGUUCUGGAUGAUGUUUGGGAAGAUGAUGUGUGGAUUAAAAUCAUGGAUGUCUUUCCAACCAACUGCAUCAGCAGGUUUGUUCUGACAUCACAAAACUAUGAAGUCGCAUCAUUGGCAACUAGUAAUUGUGAAAUCAAGGUGGAACUGCUAGGAAAAGGUCACUCUUGGGAGUUAUUUUGCAAGGUAGCUUUUCAGAGUAGUGAUGACAAAGGGUGCCCAUCUGAUUUGCAUGAUUUGGCCGUAAAGUUCCUACAAAAGUGUGAAGGAUUGCCUAUUGCUAUUGCAUGCAUAGGGCGCCUUCUUUCUUGCAAACCCCGAUCUUACAUUGCAUGGAAUAAUGUGUAUGAGGAGUUAGAGAUGCAGUCAACUGUGAUUCCUGGUGUUGAUGCCAUUCUAAAAGUCAGCUUGGAGGACCUUCCAUUCUAUAUAAAGAGUUGCUUCUUACAUUGUGCACUAUUUCCAGAGGAUUCUGCAAUGCAGAGACGGAUGCUAAUUAGGCAGUGGAUCACUGCUGGGUUCAUCAAGGAAAAAGAUAACAAAACACUGGAAGAAGUAGCAGAGGGCUGCUUAAAUGUGCUUGUAAACCGAAGCCUAUUACAAGUUCUGAGCAAGAAUGAGUUUGGACGAGUGAAAUGGUGCCAAAUGCAUGAUGUCAUUCGCCAUCUUGCCCUUGAAAAAGCAGAUAAAGAAUGCUUUGGUAAAGUUUAUGACGACUCUAGAUCAUUUUUGCUAGAUGGCACCCAUCGACUAUCAAUAAAUAACACCAAUAUUGCACCUUUAAGUCAAUCUAGUGCAACACAUCUCCGUGCAAUCAAUGUAUUUAUGACAUAUAUUAAUAUUGAUUUACUAAGGCCUGUCCUUGCAUCUUCAAAUUUGCUGUCAGCAUUGGAUCUGCAAGGUGCUCAAAUCGAGAUGUUGCCUAAGGAGGUCUUCAGCUUGUUUAAUCUACGGUUUUUGGGUCUUAGAUAUACUAAAAUUCAAAUUUUACCUGAGUCAGUUGGAAGAUUACAAAACUUAGAAGUACUGGAUGCAUUGCUAACUGCUUUGCAGUCUUUACCAAAGGGUGUAGGAACAUUAAAGAAGCUUAGGUACCUGUAUGCAAGUAAAGAAUUUCAUACUAAAGGAAGUUCUACACAUUUUGGUGCAAUUAAAGUACCUCGAGGCAUAAGGAACUUGACCGGACUGCAUGCUCUGCAGUAUGUUAAAGCAAGCUUAGAGAUUCUUCGUGAUGUUGCAACUUUGAUUGAGUUAAGAACAUUUGCAGUUGGUGAUGUCACAAGCGAGCACUCUUUAAACUUGUGCACUGCUAUCAUGAACAUGAGGCAUCUUGUCCAUCUGCUGAUUGCUGCAUCAAACGAACAUGAAGUAUUACCAUGGGAACAACUUCGCUUGCCAGAGACUCUUUCAAAACUUUAUCUGGGUGGGCAACUGGAAAAGAAAUGGACGCCUCAGAUUUUCUCAUCCUGGUCACACCUUAACAACCUCACACGAUUGCCUCUGAGACUAUCCAAACUUGAUGAGGACUCAUUUUCUAACCUCAUUGUGUUACGUGGUUUAUGCUACCUUCGCCUUCUUAACAAGUCUUAUAAUGGCAAAAAAAUGUACUUCCCUGCACUCUCGUUUCCUAGACUACGACAAUUAAAAAUAUCUGGUGCUCCACAGCUCAACCAAGUUGAAAUAGCAGAAGGUGCAUUGGAAAGCCUUAUUGUGCUAUGGUUUUCAGACUGCCCAAGAUUGAACAACAUCCCUCAUGGCAUUGAGCACCUUACAGCCCUUGAGAUUUUAUAUUUGGAAGAUACAGCAGGGGAGCUCAUAGAGAAGCUUAGGUGGGAAAGUGGAACAAAUGAAUGCAAUGAAGAGCAAAAGAAGAUUAGCCACAUUAGAAAGGUUGUUGUUGUAUUGACUGGAGAAAACAUAUGGGAAAGGAUUAGAUGAUUGAAACGUCAAAGCUGCUAUUCCCAGAGAUUCAAGACGAAAGGAGUUGUGCUAGGGAACCAAACUACUGGAAGAUUUGGCGCUGAGGUGCUUUUGCAGCAGGAAGAGGUUGGAGUCGAUGGCAAUAAGGAUGAACUUUUAAAAAUGUUGUUGGCCGUAGUCUCUGUUUGGUUGUGGUUGAUCUCUGAUCGGUGAGCGUGUAACGCACCAGUGUAGAAGGAGAAAAUGUAUCUUGUCCCGUUGUCUGGGUGCAGUUUUUUUGGUGAUAUAUGUUGAGGUUUCCAUUUAUUCGCCCUAGGGAGGAAAGGAACGAUCUAUGCUUAGUGCUUUGUACUUACAAACAGUUUCAUUCCGUUGUGCUGAACCUGAUGUAUAUAAUUUGGUUUGGACGAAACUGGAAUACUUUGCAGUUGAUGGCUUCUUUCAUAUAGGUCUUCA